AUGCUGCCACCAUCAAGCACCGGCUCUUCACCGGAAGUGUUCGGUUCCAAAACGGCUGGAUACCUCGAUGUCGAGUCUGCCGCUGGCGCCCUGCGUGUAGCCGCAGGUCGCCCCGCUGCACUGCAGCCUUGGAAGUCUUUCUUCGUAGUUCGGGCGCCGGAGAACUCGGAGGAAGCGCGCAGCAGACUCAAGAAAAACAUCCUGCACUUUCAGGCUAACUAUUUGGUCCUUGUCGCGACCUUUUUGGGUUUGCUGUUGCUCAGUGACUGGGUGGCCGCGAUCGCCACAUUGCUGGUGGCGGGGGCCUGGUUCUUCUCUCAGCGCUACAGCGCAGAGGCUGGGUGUAGGGUUUUGGCUUUGGAAGCAGGGUUUAUAGGCAGAAUUUUCAGUGCCCCAAAGCAUCCCGAAGCAUCCGUAGUCCUCUAUAGAGUGCUUGCGAUUAGUUGUAUACUUCAAGGAGACGAUUUGCACAUGCUAGACCAUACCUUGAAAGUUUACGGCUGCAGAGCUUCCAAGCUUCUUCGCAACUACGAGUACCCCUACAACCCAAGAUACGGCAAACCCUUCCAAACCCCUUAUAAAACGUAA